GAACCUGUUGAAGAAAGCAUGCAUGCAGAUGCACAAGCAAGCAUUACAGUCAACAGAAUCUCCAUUGAGAGUGUGGAACAGAUGCUGAUACAACAGUACAACCACGAUUUUCCUGAAAGAGAUUGUGAUGACAGAGCUGAAUUGUCGCAGAUGGAUCACCAGUUUAUGGAAUCUGUGUCUAACUCAGUGCAGUUUUACGAUGGCCACUAUUACAUUGACCUCCCUAUCAGGAAAACUUUUCCCCAAAUGCCUAACAAUCGAAAUGCUGCUGUUCAGCGAGCACUGAAUAUCAAGAAGAAAUUUCAGAGAAAUCCCUCCUUUCAUGCAGAGUACACAAGUUUCAUGAACGACAUGCUAAGCAAAGGCUAUGCAGUCAAAGUGAAUAAAUCACACUUAAGUCGUCAAGACGGUCAAGUUUGGUAUAUACCUCACCACGGUGUAUACCAUCCUCAGAAGAAGAAACUAAGAGUGGUCUUUGACUGUGCUGCCAGUUUUCAAGGAGUGUCUUUAAAUAGUGAGCUCCUACAGGGUCCAGACAUGACAAAUUUACUUAUUGGAGUGCUUACUCGCUUCAGACAAGAGUCGGUUGCCAUGAUUGCAGAUGUUGAAGCUAUGUACUAUCAAGUGAGAGUUCCUGAAAAGGAUAGUGACAUGCUUCGUUUCCUAUGGUGGCCAAAUGGAGAUGUAAAUCAGGACUUGGAUGAAUACAAAAUGGUUGUCCACCUCUUUGGAGCCAAGUCUUCUCCUAGUGUAGCUAAUUUUGCCCUUAGGAAAACAGCAGAAGACAAUCGUACCAAGUCAUCGGUCGAAGCAGUCAAUACAGUUCUCAAGAACUUUUAUGUAGACGACUGUUUAAAGUCUGUUUCAAGUUCUUCUCAAGCAGUUACACUGUACAAAGACCUCACAAAACUGUGCGCGAGUGGAGGAUUUCAUCUUACUAAAUGGGCAAGCAACAGUCGUGCUCUGUUGGCCUCUGUUCCAGAAAGUGAAAGAAUUGCAGGUGUCAGAGACUUGGAUUUGAGUAAAGAUGCACUUCCUGCAGAGAGAGCAUUAGGAGUGUUAUGGUGUGCCAAUUCAGAUGUGUUCAAAUUCAAGAUUAAUUUGAAAGAAAAACCUGUAAACAGAAGAGGAAUCCUGUCAGUCACAAGCUCCAUCUAUGACCCCUUGGGCUUCCUAGCACCUGUAAUAUUGCCAUCAAAGAUUCUAAUGCAACAGUUGUGCAAAGAAAAACUCACAUGGGAUGAGGACAUUCCAAAACAGUGUGCAGAAAGAUGGACUUCUUGGUUACGAGGGUUAAAUCAGUUAGCUGACUUCAGUGUAACAAGGUGUAUAAAACCAGUGGACUUUGGAGUGCCCACCUCUGCACAACUGCAUCACUUCUCGGAUGCAAGUGAGGUAGGAUAUGGAGUUGUCUCAUACCUCAGAUUGUUGAAUGCUGAUGGACUCGCACACUGUGCCUUCGUGAUGGGGAAAUCUCGUGUGGCGCCAUUAAAGCAGACCACCAUUCCACGUAUGGAGUUGACUGCUGCUGUCGUUGCUGUUAAAACGGACAAGAUGCUGAAAGAAGAACUGGAACUAGACUUUCAUGACUCUGUAUUCUGGACUGACAGCACCACUGUUUUGAGAUAUAUUGACAAUGAAGGUCUUCGCUUCAAAACGUUUGUUGCAAACAGAAUUGCCACCAUACGAGAGUCAACUAGACCACAACAGUGGAGAUACAUCAAUACAUCUAUGAAUCCAGCAGAUUGUGCAUCAAGGGGACUUACUUGUGAAAAGUUCAUGAAAAACGUGAGCUGGAUCAAUGGUCCUUCUUUCCUCAAAGAACCAGAAAGCAACUGGCCCGAGUCAAAUUGUGAUCUAUCAAAAAAAGUAGAUGACAGUGAAGUGAAACACUCAGCUUCAGUAAAUCUUGUGUAUGCAGUGGAUGGCACAGAUGCUGUGAACAAAUUGAUCAACUAUUACUCUGACUGGUACAAGUUAAAGAGAGCCGUGGCAUGGAUCCUUAGAUUCAAAGACAGCUUCGUACAACACAGCUUAAACAAAAAAGGCCUGAGUUGUAAAACAAAUUCCACAGCAGAAAACUGCAAGGCUCUAACAAUGCAGGACUUAACACGAGCUGAAAAUGAGAUCAUCAAGUUCACUCAAAAACAAAAAUUCAAGGAAGAAAUGUCAAUGUUGCAAAAAGGUAACACAUCUGUGAAAAAGAACAGGUGCCUUUCUAAAAUGGAUCCUACACUUCAGGAUGGAUUGCUAAGAGUUGGAGGUCGUCUUGGUAGAUCUGCAAUGUCUGAACAUUCAAAGCAUCCAAUCAUUUUACCCAAAGACUCACAUGUCACAACUUUAAUCUUAAAAGACAUUCAUGAGAGAAUUGGACAUUGUGGACGGAACUACAUGCUUUCAAGGUUGCGACAGAAAUUCUGGCUUCCUUCUGCAAACUCCAUUGUAAGAAAGCUUCUUUCCAGAUGUGUAACAUGUAGAAAGAUCAGAGCAAAGGCAUCAGAGCAGAAAAUGUCAGAGCUGCCACUUGACAGAAUCAUUCCAGAUCAACCACCCUUUACCAACGUCGGGGUUGACUACUUUGGACCGUUUGAGGUCAAACAAGGUAGAAGUAAUGUUAAAAGAUAUGGGGUUCUGUUUACCUGCUUAACAACAAGAGCUGUGCAUAUUGAAGUUGCACAUACUUUAGACACAGACUCGUGUUUAAAUGCCAUCCGACGCUUUGUAAGCAGGAGAGGCCAAGUGUCAAUCAUGAGAAGUGACAAUGGCACUAAUUUCGUUGGUGCUGAAGUUGAAUUGCGCAAAGCCAUUCAGCAGUGGAAUCAAUCAAAAAUUGAAAGCACUCUCUUGCAAAAGGGAAUACAGUGGAUGUUCAACCCACCUUCUGGAUCUCAUUUCGGUGGAGUGUGGGAAAGACAGAUAAGGUCUGUUAGAAAAAUCCUAAAAUCUGUGCUGAAAGAACAAACACUUACUGAUGAGAGCUUGCAUACAUUCCUGUGUGAAGUGGAAGCAAUAAUAAACGACAGACCACUUACCAUUUCAACGGAUGAUCCCGCCGAUCCAGAACCUUUAACACCUAAUCACCUGUUAUUAAUGAAAGGACAACAAGCCUUACCUCCUGGACUUUUCAAAAAAGAGGACAUGUAUGCACGUCGCAAGUGGAAACAAAUUCAAUAUCUUGCUAACCUAUUCUGGAAGCGGUGGGUGCGUGAGUAUUUGGCUUUGCUUCAGGAGCGGCAAAAAUGGACACAGGUAAAGAAAAACCUUAAAGUUGGAGAUGUUGUCUUGAUAAUAGAUGACUCGUCACCAAGAAACUCAUGGAUCUGUGGAAGAAUCAUGAAAACGUUCCCAGAUAACAAAGGACUGGUAAGACGUGUGUUGGUUAAAACUAAGACCAAUACCUUGGAAAGGCCUGUUGACAAGUUGUGCCUUAUUUGUGAAAUGGACAGUUAACCCUUCUCAAAUAAAAGAGUGU